AUGAACACCUCAACUACAGAAUCCCCAGUGCUUCACGAUUAUGCCACACUUCCACCAUGGUUUGAUGAAGCUAAUGAAAUAUUUGAGUACGUUCUGGCAAUCCUUCAGUUUUUUGGAUUCUUCAUCAACCUUGUUCAUCUAUCUGUCUUGACCAGAGAAGAUCUUCGGAUGAAUUCUGUGUACCGCUUGAUGAUUGGAAUAUGCUCCUGCGAUCUUAUAUCCCAUACCUUGACUUUUAUUGGAUUCUCGCCAUUUUGGAUUAAAGAAGUCCGAAAAGAGAGUCAAAAAUGCUUUCUGACUAUGUCCUACAAAGAUGCGUUUCUUUCAUUGUAUCCUGUUGUCGUUCUAGAUAUCACACAACGUACUUCAUCUUGGUUGGCUCUGGCAAUGGCGCUCUAUAGAACACUAUCUGUAAUGUUUCCAAUGAGCGCAAGAAUGCAGAAGAUGUCGAAACCUAAAUGGGCGGUGUGGACCAUUUUAGUCUUGCUGCUAGUGAACACAUCUUGGACGUUGGUGGUAUUCGGGAGGCAUGCGAUAGUUGAAAGGAAUAUUGAUACAGACUGCGAUGGAAAUGAAGUUCAUCUGAAUCCGGUUCGAUAUCUCAUUUUGGUCCAAACCAAUUUGGAACAUCUCCAUAGCACUAUAACCUAUAUCUACGGAUUUAUAAAAGCUCUGCCGUCUUUAAUAGAUCCGAUUCUAACCGUACUUCUGAUCAUUGAGCUUCGGAAAGCUGCAAAACGUAGUAAGAAAUGUGGAAAACCGAGUAAUUCUGAAAAUACAACAAAGUUGAUAUUAUUCGUAACAAUAUCGUUUUUCAUCCUGGAAGUUCCGAAUGGGUUUGCGCAUGUCACUGCCGGAGUGUUUCACGGCGUUCCUGAGAUCUUAUCAGUUUCGUACAUGGUUCAAGUGUUUGCCGAGAUCCUUCCAGUUUUCAAUUCAUCCUCUCAUUUCUUUAUUUGCUAUUUUAUGUCGUCCCAGUACAAAUCUACAGUCAAAGAGGUUUAUGGGAGAUUUUGGAGAUCAAAACCAAAAGUUAUACUUGUCCAAGAAUGCCAAAGAAGAGGAACCAAUGAUACUCUUGGAUCUGUGGUGGCCUAG